AUGAACUCUCUCCUCGCCGUCGCUGUGCUGUUGGCUUCGGGCUUGUCCCCAGCUCACGGGAGCCUUUGGGAGCUGCACAAGAUGAUCACGAAGGCGACGGGGAAAAACGCCUUGCUGCAUUACUCCACCUACGGCUGCUACUGCGGCUUGGGGGGCAAGGGGCAGCCCAAGGACGCCACGGACAGCUCCUGGUGCUCCCAGCUCUCCUGCGAGUGCGACCGCAGCCUGGUGCUCUGCCUGAAGCGAAACGUCGGGAGCUACAGCAAACGUUACCGCUUCUACCCCAAGUACUGGUGCCGAGCCCGCGGGCUGGACACGGAGGGCAGCCUCUCCCCGGGAGAAGGGGCUGGCAGCGAGGAAGCGGAGCCGGAGCGAUCCCCCGGCCUGGGUGAGAGGAAGAUGAGGGUCCUGCUGAUGCUGGCGGUGCUCUUCGCCUGCAGUGUGCCCGCAGCUCGUGGGAAGCUCCCACGCACGUUUGCACCAGGACUCGAGGGAAGCACCGUGGGAAAUCUGACGGCCUACGGCUGCUACUCGGGAUGGGGCACAUCGAGGGCUUCAGUGGACCG